AUGUGUUUCCAAGUGAAAGAUGUCUUGGAUUCAAUGCAUAAAGAUUCGGAACAGGAUGAAUCCUCAAAAAAGGAUUUUUUGCUUAGAGUGGAUGGUGGGGCAACUGUUAACAACCUGUUGAUGCAGAUUCAGGCAGAUUUGAUAGGAAGUCCAGUAGUUAGACCUGCUGACAUAGAGACAACAGCACUUGGAGCAGCCUUUGCUGCAGGGUUGGCUACUGGGGUUUGGAAAGAAGAAUAUAUUUUCAAUGCCGGGGAGAAGAUGAAGACUGCUACAAUUUUCCGUCCCAUAAUGACUGAGGAAGCAAGGAAAAAGAAAGUUGAAUCUUGGUGCAAAGCUGUUAGUAAAACUUUUGACUUAGCUGAUCUUGCACUUUGA